UUGGGCAUAAACCUGAGCACUGGUCGGUCUAUAGAAGAUAUCUUGAAUUUUACGUGCUUGAAUCAAAGCUAACAGAAUUCCAUGGUACAUUCCCUGAUGCUCAGCUUCCCUCCAAGAGGAUUAUUGGACCAAAGAAUUAUGAAUUCUUAAAAUCAAAGAGAGAAGAAUUUCAAGAAUACCUUCAGAAACUUUCACAACAUCCAGAGCUAAGCAACAGCCAGCUUUUGGCUGACUUCUUAUCCCGUAAUGGUGGAGAGACACAAUUUCUUGAUAAAAUACUGCCUGAUGUAAAUUUAGGUAAAAUUAUAAAAUCUGUUCCCGGAAAAUUAAUGAAAGAGAAAGGCCAGCACUUGGAACCAUUCAUUAUCAAUUUUAUUACCUCCUGUGAGUCUCCCAAGCCUAAACCAAGUAAACCAGAAAUUACUAUUCUCAGUCCUACUUCAGAAAACAACAAAAAGCUUUACAACGAACUCUAUAAGAACAAUGCAAACCGUUCUGAGAAUUUAGAAAGAAGACAGAAUGAGAACUACUUCUUGAAGAUGAUGACGGUUGAAGGAGUUUAUGAUUACUUAAUGUAUAUUGCUAGAGUGGUUUUCCAUAUUCCUGAUUGGCUUCAUCACAUCUUGAUGAGUGGAAGGAUUCUUUUCAAAAAUACCUUAGAAAAAUAUAUAGACAACUACCUGCAAUACAAACUAGAACAGCUCUUUCAGGAACAUCGUCUGGUCUCACUGAUAACACUUCUCAGAGAUGCUGUAUUUUGUGAGAAUUCUCAACCUCGCUCUCUCCAAGAUAAGCACAAACGGGCAAAGCAGACCUUUGAAGAAAUGAUGAAAUACAUUCCAG